AUGCCAUCGGAUAGCGUUCAUAUCACAAUAUAUGAAUACUUUAGUACCGUACAUUAUCGAGUAGUUAAAGAAAAAGAAAUAUCAAAAUCAAAAUUGAUUGAAAUCUCUUCAAAACUACACAAUGAAGUUAAUGAUCGAAUUUGUAAACAACAAGUUUCAGCGAAAAUUAGUACACAUGGUUUAUCGUUUAUAUCAGGAAAUUUGGUUUAUGAUGCUCGUCAACCUGAAGAAACAGGUCUUGUUCCACUUGGUGAAGGUCCAAAAAUAGUUUCAGCACGAGAUUUUUACAAUGAUUUAUGUGAGAAAGUUGAACGUGAAAGAAGAUCAAAUAGAAAAAAUAAAUCUUCAAAUUAUCAUAAAGAUAUUGGUGAUGAUAUUCAAAUGAGUGAAUUUGCUUUACAAAAGAACGUUCCUUUGGGACCUGCUGACCUAGAUUUACUUGCUACAGUUGGGCCACGAACAAUACAUGUUUAUGAUAAACUAUGUGUAGUCGUUCUUUCAAAUAAGUGA